AUGCUCGUUGUUUGUGUACCGAACCUUUUUUUUUUUUUCUUUUUGGUGUGUGUGUGUGUGUUUUGGCUUUUGUUCCCGCGGGAAGGAUUUACAGAGAAGCAGAAGCAGCAGCGGAUGCCUCCAACGGCUCUGGUUGUUGGGCAGAGCGUCAUGAAGGCGUUUCAGCACCUGUCGACGCAGGAUCUACACACACGUCGCGUGGAGGAGGCGUACCGCGUUGUGGUGGAGUGCAUCACGGCGGUGGAUCCGGCAAUGCGACUGUACAUGUUUGGCUCCACCGCAGUGUACGGUGUACACGAAAAGGGCAGCGACGUGGAUUUUGUCGCGCUCAGCAAGACGGAUGUGGAAGAUGGGAAGGGCGAAGACGCCGGAACGCAAGUGGCGAAGGGACUGCAGGCAGAGUUUCUUGGAAAGUUGGCCAGAGUAGUACGACAGAAGCACUUAUCGUGGAAUGUGGAGGAGGUGCGACGCACACGCGUCCCAGUCAUUCGUGUGAAAGGCGGUAGCAGCGUUGACUUUGACAUCACCGUGAAUCGGCGCAACGGGGUGCGAAACAGCGCGCUUCUGCGGGCCUACUUUGAACAGGAUCCGCCGUGUCGCUGGCUAAGCAUGGGCGUGAAGCGGUGGAGCAAGAGGGCGGGGCUAAAUGCUUCUGUAGUUGGUGGAAGCAUCACAUCGUACGGGUUCAAUUUGAUGGUGGUGUAUUACCUGCUUCAGCGCGGGGCACUGCGGUUUAUUGAACCACACGCCAUUGACGUUGCCAACGUGGCACCGGUGCCUCCGUACUUGCCACUGGAGCCGCCGAGGAAUGAUGGGGCGGAGUUGGGAGAGCAGGUUUUGGACUUUUUGGCGUUUUACAUGCAUGAGUUUGACGCAGCCCGUCAUGUUGUCUCACUGAGCCGCCCAGGGAUCACAACGAAGGAGCAGUUGAACUGGACGAAGAAUGCGGAGGAUCUUGCCCGCAUGAAUGGAGAGAAGAUCAACUACCAGUGGUGCAUCGAGGACCCCUACGAACUGAACUUAAACGUCGGCAGAAAUGUGACACCACUGAAGCGUGACUUUCUUCGCAAGCACUUGGAAAAGGCACGGGAAACGGCCCUUCUAACCACCACCGAAUAA